AUGGGAAAUAAUGGUGAGAGUGGUUGGGACAAUGUAGAAGAUAUCGAAGAAGAGAACAAAAAUAUAAGCAUGGAUUUGAAGGAAAGUGCUAAUCCUACUGAUGUUGAUUUUAUAGGCAUCCCAAAAUCUCAAAACUAUUUUUCCUUGUAUUGUAAAAGUUAUAUCGCAAAACACAAAGGAUUGGAAAAUUCUUUCAAAGGAAGCCAAUGA